CUAUACAAAAUAAAAAUUGUAAAACUUGUGGUGGCGGCGAGAUCUUGAUUGAAUCAUCUUCGCUUCGCCGCUUGGGCGGUGAUCGUCGUCAUCGUCACUAGUUACUGUGAUUAAUUAUUAAAAAAAAAAAAAAAAAAUUGCAAAAUCGAGUAUCGUCGUCUUCUGCUUCCUUCUCCACUAUCUAACUCAGGCGGAGCUUUUUUACUCUUCCUCUCUCACUCUUUGGACGACCAUGGCGGCGGACGACGGCGACCCCUCAAAAUUCGCUGCAAUUUACGACUCAUCCUCUCCGUCGCACCCUCUUCUCUCAAAACCCUCCACGUCCGCUCUCGAUUCUCCUCGUCGAAGUGAUCCCGAGUCCGACCCAACUCAGUUCCUUCAGAUCUCAUACAAUUUUGGCCCCAGACCUUUCAAGGACAUCCCUUUCCUACUUCUCUUCGAUCUUCUCGUCCUCUCCACCUUUGCUUUUGGUAUCUUCUCCGUUUUCCAUAGAAACAGCGAUUACGGUAGCUCCUCUUCUUCCUUCACCUACGAUAUCACCUCUUCCUCCUGCGUCAAAAACUCCACCUUUGGGAAUAAUGCUUCUUCGAGUGUCAUGUACGGUUUGCUUUCUUCGUCUGAUUCAGUCUUUGAGAAGAAUUUGAUCUGGACCCUUGUUGUAACGCUCAUUUUAAGCGCGCCCUUUUGUUUUAGUGUCCUGCUUUUGCUUAAACACUACACUAAGCAGAUCGUUUAUGCUUGUUUGCCUCUCUUUGUCCUUUUCCCCAUCUUUUUCAAUGUCUAUUGGUUUGUCGCUUGUACUCUUAGCUCUUCUUGUAGUCACUCCCUCCCUCUAGCUUACAGAAUACUUGUCCUAGUCUUCGUUUUCUUAGUCAUCGGGAUCAUUGUCUGGAUCAUUGUAGCUAAUUGGCACAGAAUUGAGCUCACCAUCCAAAUCAUCGGUGUUGCGUCCGAUGCAUUGUCCAAAAACUUGAAGCUUUUUCUUGUCUUGCCAUUGCUCACUCUCGGGUUAGUGGUGUAUUAUGCACCCAUUGUGGUGUUCUUGGUGUUUGCAAGGUUUAAUGGCAAUUUUGUGCCGCGGGAGUUGGAUGGUGAUUACUUUUGUGAGUGGAAGGAAGAUUCUUGGGUUCCUGCGUAUUACGCGCUUGCCAUUUUGACGAUGCUCUGGUCUCUUGCUGUAAUGGUGGAAAUGCAAGUGUAUGUGAUAAGUGGAGCUAUUGCUCAAUGGUAUUUCUCCAAGGAAGACUCAAUCCCUAAAAAAUGCAUCCGGAGUUCUUUGAGGAACGCAUUUGGUCAAUCCUUUGGUACAAUAUGUGUAUCAGGACUUCUCAUCUGCAUUGUUCGUGUGGUCCGGGCAAUUGUGGACAAUGCAAGAGAAGAGAACCCACAAGGCAUGGUGAAUUUGGUUCUCCGUUGCUGCGCAAACGCAUUACUCGGAGCACUAGACUAUCUCAACAAGUUCACCAUCAACUUUGCAGCAAUAACAGGCGAAGCCUAUUGCACCUCUGCGAAAAUGACUUACGAGCUGUUAAGACGCAACCUACUGUCAGCUGUUUUUGUUGAAACAGUUUCCACCAGAAUCCUAACCGGAAUUGUCUCUGUCCUCUCAGCCGCAUAUGCAGUCGCGACAUGGGGAGUUCUGAGAGGAGUGAGCAACCUGGGAAAAGAUUCGUACUUGGUGGCUAUACUGGCAUGGGUCUUACUGAUAGUGAUCUUGGCGUUCUUUGUACAUGUUCUAGAAGAUGUGAUAGACACAAUAUAUGUAUGUUACGCGAUAGAUCGAGACAAAGGGGAUGUAUGUAAGCAGGAAGUUCACGAAGUAUAUGUUCACUUGCCAAUCAGCAGAAGCACAAGAUCGCCUCUGAUCCCAAAUGCACUUUAAUGCAUAGGAUAACAUGACAUGAUCCAACGUUACUGCUUGUUGUAUUUGUUUUUUUUCUGUCUUUUUUUUUUCUACACACUAUUGUAAAUUCUCCAGAGUAGAGAGAGUGAAUCUGGUGGAACUGUGUUCUUUGGUUGCGGGGUUUAUAUUGACGUUUUUGUAGAGUUAUUGGGGUAAUCUUGAAUAAUAAUAAAAAAUUAGGAAUUUAUACAUUUAUCC